CUUUAUGGAAUGGGUUCUAGAGAAUACGAAGGACUUGAAGCUUUAAGGAAAAACAAAUCAUGUGGUCUUCAGAUUCGGUAAUGAGGAGCAAUGAAGCCAUCUGAAAUGGUCAUGAACCCCAAACAAGUCUUCCUGUCUCUGCUGAUAUUUGGAGUGGCAGGGCUGCUCCUCUUCAUGUACUUACAAGUCUGGAUUGAAGAACGCCACACAGGAUGGGGGCCAGUCAGUUACUUGCAGCCUGCACUCAGAACCAUGACUACAGAAAAAAUCCAGGAACGUAUUACCAACCAGAACUCUAAGUUUCACGUGCCUGAGUUUCUGAAGGAGAAAAAGGAAAAUAUCCUCAACUCCCAGAGACCUUCUAUGGACUUAACAAAGAUCAGCAUUUCACAAGCAGAGGAUCAAGCCUUGCCUGAGAUCACAGGGUCGUCAACAAGUAAACUGGAUGAAAAACAUCAAGGAACUAAGAUUCUUUCAAUGCACUCCAGUGAAAUAGAUUGGCCAUUGGACAUUCGACCUUUAAACAAAAGUUUAGUCAAAGACAACAAAUGGAAAAGCACUGAUGAAACCCAAGAGAAACGCAGGUCCUUCCUUCAGGACUUUUGCAGGAAAUAUGGCACAGUGAGCCAUCGUCAAUCACAUCUUUUUCAUAUGGUGUCCAGGAUCUACGUAGAAGACAAACACAAAAUCUUAUACUGUGAGGUGCCGAAAGCUGGGUGUUCCAACUGGAAAAGGAUUCUGAUGGUACUAAACGGGUUGGCUUCCUCUGCAUACAACAUCUCCCACGAUGCUGUCCACUAUGGGAAGCACUUGAAAAAGCUAGAUAGCUUUGACUUCAAAGGGAUAUAUACUCGCCUAAACACCUACACCAAAGCUGUGUUUGUUCGUGAUCCCAUGGAAAGAUUAGUGUCAGCAUUUCGGGAUAAAUUUGAACACCCUAAUAGUUAUUACCACCCAGUAUUUGGGAAAGCAAUUAUAAAGAAAUAUCGACCAAACGCCUGUGAAGAAGCAUUAAAUAAUGGAUCUGGAGUCAAGUUCAAAGAGUUCAUCCACUAUUUGCUGGAUUCUCACCGUCCUGUUGGAAUGGACAUUCACUGGGAAAAAGUCAGCAAGCUCUGCUAUCCAUGUUUGAUUAACUAUGAUUUUGUAGGGAAAUUUGAAACUUUGGAAGAGGAUGCCAAUUACUUUCUACAAAUGGUUGGUGCUCCAAAAGAGCUGAAAUUCCCCAACUUUAAAGAUAGGCACUCUUCUGACAAAAGAACCAAUGCUCAAGUGGUUAGACAGUAUUUAAAGGAUCUGAGUAGAACCGAGAGACAGCUAAUCUAUGACUUUUAUUACUUGGACUAUUUGAUGUUCAAUUAUACAACUCAGUUUUUGUAGCCUGCAUUCAUUUUCUAAAACAUGUAUUUACUUACCAAUGAUGGCCUCAAAUCAGCUACUGUACUUUUCCUAUAAUUCUCUGUAUGAGGGAAAUUUAACUAAGUGCAGUUGUCUUGAUUUAAUGGCGAUUUUUACCAAAUACCAUGACAGCAAUUGGCAGAGAGCUCCAGGAAAAUCACCUAACGGACACAUGUAAACAACUUGAGUUGCUUUUAAAUGUUUGGAAAGGAGAUGCUUUGGCAUUUUGGAUCAUAUUGUUGAAGCAAUAACCUAGCCAGCUGCUACAUUAACUAAAACAGCCUCUUGCAAUCAUAGAAUAAGAGGUCUAAAAGAGCAUGAAUGUGUAUCUAUACUCUGGAAUUAAUUAUCUAAAAUGCAUGGAUAUAUUUUUAGCAGUUUAUGGAACAUUCAUCAAACCAUUGGACAGUUUACUUACACCCUGGAAGUCUUUGUAGUGACUAUAAUGAUAAAUUCAUUUUGAAAUGAUAUUUGGAAUUGGGCAUUCUACAUUAAGUUGGAAGGCACUGUAUGAUUUACAAUAUGGCAGUGUAGCAGAAAAGCUAGAAGAGGCUAUGACUUUUUAUAUUUAACAGCCAAUAAAAAUGCACAGCAUGCUAAGAUCAAAGCAA